AUGGCUGCCACUACCCCUCGAGGACGCCUCCAAGGAAAGAAUGCCAUUAUCACUGGCGCCGCCGGUGGCAUUGGUCUUGAAACCAGUAUCCUAUUCGCUCGCGAGGGGGCCAACGUCCUGAUGGCCGACGUCUCCGAGCCGGCUCUUGCAAAGGCCUUGGCCAAGGUCAAGGAAGUAGUGCCCACCGCCCCUCGGGUCGAAUCCAUCCGAUGUGAUGUGUCCAAGGAGUCGGACGUACAAGCAAUGGUCGAGUCACAGGAUAGCUGGGGAGGCAUGGACGUGAUCUUCAACAAUGCGGGAAUCAUGCAUGCCGACGAUGCUGAUGCCAUCGACACCCCCGAGAGGAUCUGGGAUCUCACACACAACAUCAAUGUUAAGGGUGUCUGGUUCGGUAGCAAGCACGCCGUCCUCAGUCUGCGUCGUCACAAGAAGACUCGUGGCAGCAUCAUCAACACUGCUAGCGUUGUCGCAUUGGUGGGCGCUGCUACUCCUCAGCUGGCCUAUACAGCAAGCAAGGGUGCGGUCCUGGCCAUGACUCGGGAGUUGGCCAUUGUUCACGCUCGUGAGGGCUACCGCUUCAAUGCUCUUUGCCCCGCCCCUCUGAAUACUCCACUUUUGCAGGACUGGCUCGGUGAUGACAAGGCCAAGCGACACCGUAGGGAGGUGCACUUCCCCACCGGCCGGUUCGGUGAGGCCAUUGAGCAGGCUCACGCUGUGGUUUUCCUUGCCAGCGAUGAGAGCAGCUUUGUAAAUGGAACAGACUUUGUCGUCGACGGUGGAAUGACCAAGGCUUAUGUGACCCCGGAGGGUCCGGCCACCCCUGCGCCUAUGAACAAUGGCCAUUGA